AAUGCUUGCUUGCAGAACUCGUCUUGUCAAUCAAUCGUUCAAGUUUUGCAAUUUCAACAGACCACUCUCUUCGACCUUCAGAAUGUCCGCUCCACAAACUACUCAGAUCGAAAUCGUGCAGGAAGGUGACGGAAAGACCUUCCCAAAGAUCGGUGACACCGUCACCAUCCACUACACUGGAACUUUGGAGAACGGCAAGAAGUUCGACUCUUCCCGUGACAGAGGUAAGCCAUUCCAGUGCACCAUUGGUGUUGGUCAGGUGAUUAAGGGUUGGGACACUGGUAUUCCAAAGUUAUCCGUGGGUUCUCAGGCCAAGUUGACCAUCCCAGGCCACGAGGCUUACGGUCCAAGAGGUUUCCCAGGUUUGAUUCCUCCAAACGCCACCUUGGUGUUUGAUGUUGAGUUGUUGGGUGUUAACUAA